AUGAAUUCAUCUGCAAAUUUUAUAGCACCAAAUGGUAAUGUACCUGAUUUUAACCAAUCACCAAUCCAAAGAAGAACAAACAAUAAUAUUUCUAUCGGAGAUGAAUCAUUUAAUAAUUUGUCAAUAGGUAAUGUAUUAGGAAAUGCAAAUGUUCCAAACCCAAUGGAAAACCAGAGAAUAAUAAUUAGAAGAGUUCCAAGGCCAACUGUUCCACCAAUCCAAGAAACAGUGCAAAUAGCCACAAACCCACGUGUAACAUACAUAUUGGAAUACGAAAGUCUUCAGAAAGUUUGUCAAAGUAAAUACUAUUCAGAUGGCGAUGUAUGUUACCAGAUUAAUACACAGGGGCGAAAAAAAAUACUUAAAAGCAUCUUUAAAGUAGGAAUGUAA